GUCAAUGGAUCGCCAUUCCAGCUACAUCUUCAUCUGGCUGCAGCUCGAACUCUGCGCCAUGGCCGUGCUGCUCACCAAAGGUGAAAUCAGAUGCUACUGUGAUGCUGCCCACUGCGUGGCAACUGGCUAUAUGUGUAAGUCGGAGCUGAGCGCCUGCUUCUCCAGGCUUCUUGAUCCUCAGAACACAAACUCCCCACUCACCCAUGGCUGCCUGGAUUCUCUCGCAAGCACAGCAGACAUUUGCCAAGCCACACAGGCCCGAAACCACUCUGGCACCACCAUGCCCACAUUGGAAUGCUGUCACGAAGAUAUGUGCAAUUACCGAGGGCUGCACGAUGUGCUCGCCCCUCCCAAGGGGGAGGCCUCAGGACAAGGAAACCGCCAUCAGCACGAUGGCAGCAGGAACCUCAUCACCAAAGUGCAGGAGCUGACUUCCUCCAAAGAGCUGUGGUUCCGGGCGGCCGUGAUCGCCGUGCCCAUCGCCGGCGGCCUGAUCCUGGUAUUGCUGAUCAUGUUGGCCUUGAGGAUGCUCCGAAGUGAGAACAAGAGACUGCAGGAUCAGCGGCAGCAGAUGCUGUCCCGUUUGCACUACAGCUUCCAUGGACACCAUUCCAAAAAGGGGCAGGUAGCCAAGUUAGACUUGGAGUGCAUGGUGCCAGUAAGCGGCCAUGAGAACUGCUGUGUGACCUGUGACAAGAUGAGACAAGCGGACCUCAGCAACGAGAAGAUCCUCUCGCUCGUCCACUGGGGCAUGUACAGUGGGCACGGGAAGCUGGAGUUCGUAUGACGGGGGCUGACCCCGAACCGAAGUUUGUGGGCGCUGGAAGGCUUGGGGUUCUGCUGGACAGGAGCACUUUAUCUGAAGAAAAACGAACUCACAGACUCACCUUCGAGAGACAGAAUGACCUCUGCAAACAGAAUCUUGGAUAUUUCUUCUGAAGGAUUAUUUGCACAGACUCUUUAAAUACAGUCAAAUGUAUUAUUUGCUUUAAAAUGAUAAAAAGCAACGAGAAGAGUACGUACACACUGUUACCAGGGUUAUUUGCAUCUGAGCGAGCUGAAAUCGAGUACCUAAAUAAACUAAAAUGUGCUCUGUGUAAGCUCCAACAUCUUGAUUUA